AUGAAUACGUUCAACAAAGUCAUUAAACUACAAGUAACCAAGUUAAGAGUCAUUUGGGAGGUGUUUGGGUUUUUGAAAUGGUGGGCGAGUGGUGAAGAAUCUCUUCUACUCGGCAGCACAGAACGGACUCUAACCACCGAGUACGGCGACGACACAUAUAUCAUUUUCAAAGAUCUAAUCGGAAACAGCGCGGCUGUGAUCUUCACGUUCUUGUGUGUAGUGGAAAGGUUUUUUUUACACAUUUAUGGUGAAAUUCCAGAAUUAGCCAUGAAAAAACAUGACCAAGGGCGAGUCUCUCUUUUUCUCCCUCCCUCCCUCCUUCUCUCUCAGUUUUUCUCUUCUUCAAGACUUCAUCUGUUGAUCUGUUCAUCAUCUUCUUCAUUACGUUUUAUUUGUAGUUUGUACACCGUGAACCGCGAACCACCACGAACCACCGCGAACCACCAUGCACCACCGCAAACCCUUGACAACUGCAGUGAGAAAAACAAGCAUGGACACCGAACUCGAAAUCAUGUGGGACAACUGGAUCAACUUUCUUCUAUAAGAUUGAAUAUGCAUAAGGUUGGUAGCGAGGAAGAUGGUAUAUAUACGCUCUUUUAUGAAGAUUUUUUGUUUGGAUAUAUGUUUCUAUGAAGACUCCUCUUUUGGAUGAAGGUUCAAGUCUUUUUUUUUUUUUGGAUAUAUGCUUCUAUGAAGACUCCUUUUUUGGAUGAAGUUUCGAGUCUUCUUUUCUGGAUACAUGCUUCUAAGAAAACUCUUUUUUUUGUUGAAGUUCCGAGUCUUCUUUUUUCAUUUUAAUGAUGCUACCGAACUAUGAUGAACAUAUAUGGUAUAUAUUGUCUACCUUUCAUGUUUUUGUUAUGGGAACAUUGAUGCUUUAUAUCUUAUGGUUGAAUGGACACAUUUGGUGUAGAAUACAUAGUUUUUGUGGUUAAUGGAUGUCUAGUUUGGUUCAUGAUUAUAUUGGUUUAUGAAGAUGUGUUGGCUAUUAUGGUGUAAUGUAUAAUUCAUUUGUUUGGA